ACACAAGGCGCUACUUCCGGGAGGAGGAGGGGAGGGAGCUGGCUGAGGGCAGGGGGAGGGGCUCCGGGUUUAGCUGUGGGACAGCGACAGGUACAGCAAGGCUGCUCUCCAUGUCCCUGUGUGCACGACUGGCACCUCCGGGGCACUGUGCGGCUCAAAGAAUAUUCUCUUGGCGAUGCUGAAGAAGCAGAAAUCCAAUUGGAACUACUGUCCUAUAGCUAUCUAGUGGGGGUAAUAAUGGUCCAGCUGCCCCUAUGUGAGGAAGAGACUGUGAUACAGCUGCCAUGAUUCAGGCUCAGAAAUUCAGUGGAAGACACCAUGGAGAGUUACCUCACAAAAAUGCUGGCAUUUGACUCCGCGUCAACAUUAAGACACCCUGGAGGGAGACAGGUGACCUGCACAACGUGGCUACACCUAUUAUACUCCUUAACAUGCUUGAGCAUCCUCUUCUCCAUCACAGAUGCCAUCCAAAGCGGUCCUGUAUGUCACAAAGGUAGUAUUCUGUUUGGAUUUGGUCUGAGGACUAUGAAUGAUACUCAGUACUUGAGGGUGGCUAAGGGUCCCCAGUCGGUUUACUCCUGCCAUGAUUCUUGCUGCCAGAGUCACUCCUGCAAUGUAUUCUGGAUGCUGGCAGAGACCUGCAUCCUUGCUAACUGUAAGACUCCACAAACUUGUUUAACAACUAAGAUGAACUCUAGAGACUCUCUGUUGGUGCAUAUAUUAAAGGAAGGCACAUCACAGACUUCCUUAUAUCGCCACCUUUCAGUUACUUUAUCCAAGGAGGAGGAUCAUGAUGGAGGAUUUCCCAGAAAAUGGUGGAACACAGGGGCCCCUAAUAGACAUAAAAGACAAGUAGGUGAUGGAAAAGGAGAAAAAGAACCAUAUGUUUCAGGGAAAGUACAGUCAGAAUCGGCAUCAAAAAAGAACCACCAAAAUGACUUGAAAAACCUAGGCGCAAAUCAAGUAGCAGAGACAAAUACUUCAUCUUUGCCCACUGUUAUACCAUCUGAAAGCUCCGUCACUGGAAGGCCAUCUAACAGUAUCAAUUACACAGAAUCACUGCCAAUUGAUGGCUCACCAGACAGUGGUAGAGAAAAAAGUAUGAGUACACUGGCACCCAUCUUACUAAGCAACACGAGCGUUCAUCCAACCACUGUUCCUACGAGUUCUGCAGCACCAGUCACCAACAAGCUUGUGGUAUCUGCUGGUGAUAGUGUUGAGGUCACCUUACCAAAAAAUGCUGUUCAGCUGAAUGCGUUUGUCCUUCCUGAACCUCCUGAAGGAAAAACGUAUAACUAUGAGUGGAGGUUGAUCACUCAUCCUACAGAUUAUAGCGGGGAGAUGGAGGGGAAACAUUCUCAGUCUCUCAAGUUGUCAAAGCUCACAGCGGGUCUGUACGAGUUUAAAGUUAUUGUGGAUGGUGAUAACGCACAUGGAGAAGGGUUUGUGAAUGUCACAGUGAAACCAGAACCACGAGUGAACCAACCUCCAGUAGCAAUUGUAUCUCCUCGGUAUCAGGAAAUCUCAUUGCCCACCACCUCUACUGUGAUUGAUGGAAGCCGGAGCACCGAUGAUGAGAAAAUUGUUAGUUAUCACUGGGAAGAGCUGAAGGGCCCGCUAAGAGAGGAGAAAAUCACAGCAGACACUGCCGUCCUAAAACUGACAAAUCUCUUACCUGGAAAUUAUACUUUCAGGUUGACUGUCGAGGACUCUGAUGGUGCAAAAAACUCUACAACAGCUAGCCUGACGGUAAACAAAGCUGUUGAUUAUCCUCCAGUGGCCAAUGCAGGAGCCAAUCAAGUCAUUACACUGCCCAAAAAAGCGAUUAUCUUGUAUGGGAACCUGAGCACAGAUGAUCAUGGUAUUGUCAGCUAUGAGUGGUCUUUGAGCCCUAACAGUAAAGGAAAAGUUAUGGAGAUGCAGGGUGUCAGAACAUCCACUCUUCAGCUGUCAGCACUGCAAGAAGGUGACUACACAUUUCAGCUCACUGUGACCGACUCUGCAGGGCAGCAGUCUACAAGUGAGGUGACUGUAAUUGUUCAGCCUGAAAACAACAAGCCACCUCAAGCUGACGCUGGCCCGGACAAAGAGCUCACUCUUCCUGUAGACAGUACAACUUUGGAUGGCAGCCGAAGUACAGAUGAUCAGAAAAUCGUAUCCUAUCUUUGGGAGAAAACUCAAGGACCAGAAGGAGUGAAAAUUGAAAAUGCAAACACCAGCACUGCCACAGUUACUGGUCUGCAGGGUGGAAAGUACUUGUUUACAUUGACUGUUACAGAUGAGCGGGGCUUACAAGACAAGGCCACAGUCAGUGUGAUUGUGACGGAAGAGAUGAAUAAACCUCCAAUGGCAAAGAUUGCUGGCAAUGUUGUUAUCACAUUGCCAACCAACACAGCAGAACUAGAUGGCUCGAAAUCCACAGAUGACAAGGGUAUUGUCAGCUUCCAAUGGCAGAGAGAUGAAAGCAGCCCAGCAGCUGGGGAUGUGUUGAACAACUCUGAUCAUCAUGCAGUCCUGUUUCUCAGUAACCUUGUUGAGGGAACCUAUACCUAUCAACUGAAAGUGACUGACGCCAAAGGGGAGAGUCAUAGUGACAAGGCUACAGUAGAGGUGAAGCCAGACCCUAUGAAGAAUAAUCUUGUGGAGAUGAUUGUGGAUGUGAGUGUCAGUGAGUUUACUGAAAGACAGAAGGGGAUGUUUAUGCGUCAGAUUGGGGUCCUUCUGGGGGUUUUAGAUUAUGACAUCACUGUGCAGAAGAUCCAGCAGUAUACAGAGAAAAGCACUAAAGUGGUUUUCUAUGUCAAGAACCAGCCUCCUCACUUAGUCAUGAAAGGAUACCAGGUUGCCUGUACACUUCGCAAUGAACUACGCAAACAGCAAAAUGAUUUCCUAAUCUUUAAAGCUCUUGAGAUUGAUACAUUCACGUGUCAGUUAAAUUGUUCUAUGCAUGGCCACUGUAAUUCCGUCACCAAGCGCUGUGUCUGCGACCCCUUCUGGAUGGAGAACUUCAUACGUCGUCAAUUUGGUGAUGGCGAGAGCAACUGUGACUGGAGUGUACUAUAUGUGAUUAUCACAAGCUUCGUGUGUGUGGUGGCUUUGGGCCUACUAGCCUGGUGCACAAUCUGUUGUUGCAGGAGGAAAAAGGGAAAACCUAAACGAAAGAGUAGAUAUAAAAUGCUGGAGGCUACAGAUGACCAAGAAAGUAUGGAGCUGAAAACCAGCAUCAAAACUGGUGUAAAAUUAAAAACUCCAGCCCAGAAUACAAGUUUGAUGCAUUCAGAAUCCGAGUUGGACAGCGAUGACAAUACUUACACCUGGUCUGAUCGUGAGAAAGGCAAACUCCUCAGGCCUCAGAAUGGUUCCUUACGAAAUGGGCAAGCCUCUCACAAAAACCAAAGAGAGGAGUUGUUAUAGCAUAGACUCCUUAGAUUCUUUGAAAUUCAUUUCAUUUUUAUGCUGGAUAGUGCACGUUGUCCCACUGUCCUCUUCACCACUACUGGUUUACUCUGUGGACAAAGCUGCUACCCUGAACUGCUUUUAAAGAAAUGGAUAUUUUAGUAGAAAUAUCAACUCCUUUGCUCUUCUUGGAGCACUGAGGCUGGACAUACUUGAAAUGGAAUUUUUCAAUGGGGAAUACACUGGAUUUAUGCUAAUAGAUUUUUUAAUUAAGUAAUUUAAUUUUUUUCCUGCACAGUUUCUUGGGUUAAAAACACCCAAGAGUGAGCCACACUGUUAUAUAAAUUCAAUUCUAAAUGCACUACUGUGCCACGUUCUCACUGGCAAUGAAGGAUGAAAUGUGAACAGCACUGGACAUAUUCUACAGCCCAUCUUCUGGUCUUUUUUCUUACAGGCUAAAACAACGAAACACAUUGCUUGUUUAUUUUGUAACGCAUACUUUUAUAGAAAAGUUAUUUUGGCUUCUGUGUUUUCACUGAUAUGAAGCAUCAGUGAGUCUGAGGGAAAUAAGCUGGCAAACUGACUUGGUUUACUAAGACAAAAUAACCUAUAACCCUGGAUGGUGUUCAAUAAAGUCAAUUAUAAGUGA